GAUCGGAAUGGGCAGAGAGAAGGAGAGAAAAGGAAGGUUCAAUUUCUGUUCCCGACCCUGGUUUUGAUGGCCACGCUGCAGGAAUCCGUCUUGGGGAAGGCAAUAGCCGCAAAGCAACCCCAAAACAACCUCCACCUGAAAAAAGAAAAAGGCUGCCCUUCUUCAGAAAGUGACGACUUCCCCCACAGCGUGACAGUCAACCUGAGCAUAACAAACGGAAACGGCACCUCCAAAAAGUUUCCGUCCGUCAACAAACGCUCCACCUCUCCUUGGGAGUACUAUCUGAACGAGGACCCCAACAGAUUCCCGUCCAAGAUCUUGGAAGCCAAGUGCAGCACCACCGGUUGUCUCGAUGCCCAGAAGAAGGAGGACCCCCACAUGAACUCCCUGCCCAUCCAGCAGGAGAUCCUGGUCCUGAGGAGAGAAACCCAGAGCUGCCCCACCUCCUUCCGGAUGGAGAAGAUACUGGUGUCGGUGGGCUGCACCUGUGUCACCCCCAACAUCCACAGACUGGGCUGAGAGCCGCCUCGGUCUGGCCUCGGCCAUCCCGACUGGGAAUUCCACCUGCCCCACCGCCUCAAAUCCAUCGAAACCGCCGCCUUGGUCCAGCCGGGCCUAGUCUCCCCAGCUCUCCGAGAAGCCGCCAGAAAAUCUUAAAUUCUAUGUCAGGUUUAUAACUCAGUGGGACUUGGGAUCAGAAAUCUCUUUCCAUUUUGAAACCCAGGAGUUACGGGUCCCCUAAGGGAGAGGGAAUGCGCUGCUUGCGAUUAGCUUUGAAAAAAUUCUCUUGAACUGAGAAGGUGUUCUAGAAGCGGGAGUUCUGCUUUUCAGAAAGUGAAACCUCUUUAACUGAGAAGCGGUCUAGAAGCAGCAACCAUACUAUUUAAAAAGCGAAACGAGUAUUUAUAUGAUCUAUUUAUCUAUUUAUAAUGCCUCUGAGAUUCGGGAGAAAUGUAAUAUAUUUUGUAUUUAUUACCUUUAUGAGACAUGACUAUCGCACCUGAGAAGCCUACUCUCUUAUUCUGUGUACCGUGUGGCACUUGAGAAUAAUUACCCUGUGAAUAAAGACAUAGAAGGAAAGA